AUGGGGAAAAAUAUACUCGCGGAGAAAAUUUCCGAGGAGGUUUUUGUAUACUUGAAGGAAUUGUCUCUGUUGAAAGCCGAAUUGUCUGACAUUAAAUCACUGACAAAUAUGAGCGUGUCAAAUAUCAUUUGUUCUGUAAUUUUCGGCCAACGAUUUCAAUUUGAUGACCAACAGUUUAAGAAAAUUAUUGGUCUCUUUGGUAUAUUGUCGGAAUACAGCGACGUUUUUAACAUUGUUAACAUUAUUCCUUCACUGAUAUAUUUGCCGUUUGAUUUCUUCGGAGCAAAAAAGGCAUUGAAUGCGACGAAUGAGCUUCAAAGAAACAGCGAAUUAAUGGUUGAAAAAAUCGGGAAAGAAUUGAAUCCUGAAAAUGUUGAUAAUUUUAUCGUGGCAUACAUUCAAGCAAUGAAGAAAAAAGAAAAAUCCGGCCAGCCGACACAUUUAAGUUAUGAAAACUUAGCUCGGUGUAUUGAUGAUCUUUUUGUCGCAGGGACUGAGACUACAAGUACAACAAUCUUGUGGUGUCUGCUGUACUCCAUUCAUCAUCCAGACCUACAAGAGAAAGUGUACCAGGAAAUUUUAGAGAAGGUCGGAACAGAACGAGCCCCUAACAUGAUGGACAAACAGAACUUGAAAUACUUGAUUGCUUUCAUCAUGGAAACACAGAGAAUCGCUAGCCUAUUUCCAUUUACUCUUUACGACUGCUUGGCUGAUACGAAAUUCGAAACAUACACCAUACCAAAAGGGACGAAAAUUAUUUCAAAUCUUGACUCAGUGUUAAGAAGUAAAAACAUUUGGGGAGAUCCGGAAAUUUUCCGACCUGAAAGAUUUAUUGAUGGGGAUGGUAACCUCCAAAUUCCUGACGAGUUUAUUCCAUUUUCUAUGGGCCGCAGGGCGUGCCUAGGCGAGUCUCUGGCCAAGAUGGAACUGUACCUCUACAUGGCGUCUUUGUUUCAGAAGUUCAAGUUCCUUCCUGAAGAUGAGAACAAUUUACCUUCACUCCAGGGUACCGUUGGCAUCACAUCCUCACCCUUUCCAUACCGCCUCCGUGCAACUGAGAGACUGCAUUAA